AUGAAUUCAUAAGACAAGAUUGAUGAUAAUAUUAAUAAUAUAAUUUAAGCUAUGAAAUUAUUUGGUUUUUUAUAGAGACAAACAAGUAAUGAACAUCAUAUUAUUUACUCAAACAAUGACGAAUAUCAUGGUGAGAUGAAAGACAACAUGAAGCAUGGCAAAGGAGUUUAUAAGUUUGCUAAUGGCAACCGUUAUGAAGGGGAAUGGCUAUUCAAUCAAAAACAUGGAACUGGAAAAUAUUUUUAUAAUAGUGGAGAAUUAUACAUAGGACAGUGGUAACAAAACAAGAAGAAUGGACAUGGACAACAUUUUGGAGUUUAUGGUGAUAGAUAUGUUGGACAAUGGGUGAAUAAUUGUAAACACGGGAGAGGAACAAUCUAUUAUGCUGAGAACUCAAUUUAUUCAGGUGAAUUUUCAGACAAUAAGAAGCAUGGUCCAGGCUAUUUUUACAAUUCAAGUACCAGAGAGCUGACUUAUUAAUUAUAUGAUAAUGAUAAAUUAAAAGAGUAAAAAGUAGUUGAUUAAGUUCCUUGCGAAUUUGAAAAUGUGUUUUCUGCUGUUUUAGUGAAAGAUAAUUAAAUAAUACAUCCUCAACCAUUACCCAAUACUUAAGUCGAGGAGACACACUAAAUCUAGCAGGAGGCACAUGGAUUCGACACCUUAUAAGCAAUGAAUGAGACAGUGACAGUCAAAGGGAAAAAGAAAAUGUAGGAUUGGAAUAUAGAGGAGGUUUGUAUUUGGUUGGAUUGUUUAGGAUUAUCAUAAUAUAAGGAAAAUUUUAUUAAAAAUCACAUGAUCGGAGACACUUUACAUGAUCUAACAGAUGUAGAGUUGAAGGAAGAGUUGGGCAUUGAGAUAUUAGGACAUAGAAAACUCAUACUCCAGUAAAUAAAUAUGCAUAAGAAAUAUUAUAUCAAAAAAAUGGCAGGAUAACUCCAUAGAGCUGACAGCGAGAACUCAGCUGACUAGUCUUCUAAAUAUGAUCAACUGUAUUCCAUUAUACAGAAGAUUGAACCAGCAGUUGAAAGUCCUGGGAUAGAAGUGCUCAAAUAGAAGAAAUCAAGACGUAAACGGUCAUCGGGUUCCGAGGAUAAAUUGAUUUCACCUGAAUAAAAAGAAUAGCAAUAGGAGACUGCUAAGUUCUCACCAAAACAAGGAAAUUAGGGAUAGAGUUUAAAAGUAGAGUCUAAAUAGGUUGUAAGCAAUUUUAAUAUUAAUAAUGCAACUGGCUCAGAAUCUUCUGAUGAGAGUUCUUCCAGUUCUAAUGAAAAACCUUAGGAGUUGCAAUUGGAAUCGAAUCAAUCUAGUUCACCUAGUAAACAUUGCAUACUCUCAGAGAAGAAUUUGUAAUAAAAGCAUUAGGAGAAACUAAUGAGUUUGCUGUAGGAUUUGGGAAUCAAUGAGAAGCUGUUGAUUAAUUAUUAGGAGAUUAAGCAAGGACCUUAGAUUGGAAAAGGAAGUUAUGGAAUAGUCUUCAAAGGGAAUUGGCUCGGCUAAGAUGUAGCCAUUAAAUCUUAUUGCAAAAAGAAGGAACAGCAAAAACAUAAAUAAUUAAUGGCUGAUUUUCUUAAAGAAGUUUAAGUUAUCUCUAAUUUGAGGCAUCCCAAUAUAGUUCUGUAUAUGGGUGUUUGUAUUAAGAGGCAUAAUUUUUACUUAAUUACUGAAUAUAUGGAAAAUGGGAGUUUAUAUGAUCAUAUUCAUAAAAAGAAAACUAAAAAUCUUAAUUUUAUUUAAAUAAUCGAAGAUAUCACUUUGGGAAUGAAUAAUCUUCAUGGCAGAAGAAUAAUGCAUUGUGAUUUGAAAUCCUCCAAUGUGCUCAUCGAUUAGAAUUGGAAUGUCAAACUCUGUGAUUUUGGACUGUCUAGAAUUAAGAGCAAGAAAACUAAAAGUAUGAUUGGAACACCCCAUUGGAUGGCACCUGAAAUCAUGAGAGGAGAACCUUAUACUGAGAAAUCUGAUGUGUAUUCAUUUGGAAUGAUUCUAUGGGAAAUCAUUACUGGGAAAAUACCUUAUGAGAAUCUGUCUAUUACCUAAAUCAUUGGAACAGUUGGAUGGGGACAUACUUAAGUUGAGAUCCCUCAAUUCAGUAAUCCACCUAUUUUGGCCAUUCUAGCAAAGGAUUGUCUUAAAAGAGAACCUUCCUAAAGACCAACAUUUGCUAAAAUACUAGAGAAAAUACAAGAGAGUCAAAAGCAGGAAUGCAAAAACAAAGAGAAAGCUAAGAAAUUUUUAAUUGAUUUUUUAUCUAAUUGA